AUGGACCUCAAAACUGCAUGCUACUGCACUGUUUGCAAGCAAGGAACAUUUCAAGCCCUACAAGACCUAAUAGCUCAUGUCUACUACGGCGAACAGGAGCGCUAUACUGGCAUAUAUUACACAAUCGAGCAGUUCUCGUACAAACAGCUCACCAAUGCUGCCUUCAGCCCCGUUUUAGUCCUCCUGAUGGAAUUCCACUCUGAGCAAGACACUGCCGAGGUCAUGAAGGCUAUAGAGCAAGGUGCCGCCCUAACGAAUGUUUUGGAAACCGCCUUUGUGGAAAUAGCUCCAGCGAUCAUUGACCUAUUUGUUGCGGUUUCCUUUCUUCAUCUAACGAAGGCUGAACGAGGCGAGGCGCGUGUGAUGCAUCAAGCCAUUCAGGCAUCGUUGACAGUUUCUUCCUUUAACAUGUUCGCGCUGCUCGACCUGCUUACCACCAAGCCGACUGUGACUGACAAGCCCGGUGCUUUUGAUCUUGGUCUUGUGCAGGGAUACGUUGAAUUUGAGAAUGUGUUUUUCUCUUACAACAACGGGAAACCGGCUCUCUGUGGUAUCAAUAUCUCUGCAGCUCCCGGAGACACCAUCGCCUUAGUUGGCACCACUGGCGCCGGGAAGUCAUCGCUGGUGAAGCUGUUACUUCGCUAUUAUGACGUAACGUCUGGGUGUAUCAAGAUUGACGGCCAUGAUAUUCGCGAUGUGACGCAAAGUUCUCUUCGGGAUGCUUUGGGCAUUGUAUCGCAAAACCCUGUCCUCUUCAGUGCCUCGAUUAUGGAGAACCUUCGGUACGCUAAGUUGGAUGCCUCCGACGAAGAAAUCUAUAGAGCAUGUCGAGCGGCUGCAAUUCAUGACCGGAUUUUCUCUUUCCCAAAGGGGUAUCAAACCCAAGUCGGGGAGCAGGGAGUCAAACUAUCCCGCGGCGAGGUCCAGCGCUUAGCGAUUGCGCGAGCCUUUCUUAAGGACCCAUCCAUUCUUGUACUUGACGAGGCAACUAGUGCAGUGGACACUGAAGCUGAGGCCAAAAAGAAGCGCUGA